AUGAGCUACGUACUCGCGUUAAGACCGAACGUACCAAUCCAACUACCAUCCAUCACGACGACGCUCAGUGUACUCUCAUGGCAGUACUUCAAGCUUCUUGAAGCGACAUUCGUCAGACGAAAAAACGCAACUGCCCUUUGGACUCCUUCAAAAUCGCCAUUACUGCAAUGCUCGUCAAAGGAGAAAGCAAAGUCGUUACAGUGCUCACUUCUGCAUUCAUGUGACUGCACCCCAGCAGAAUCCCAAGUAACAUGUCGCUGUGAAAAUCAGGACAUUGCAGAAGAAUUUCAUCAAAUAGGAAACGUUCUGCCGGUAACAUACCCAUUUGUGAAGAUGGCUAAUCAUCCGCACCACGAUGUGAUAGCACAUAUUGAGCACGGCGUAACGGCAGAGCUUGUUGUGAACGUGAAUGAGACAGUAGACAACAUUGUAACCGAAGUUACGGAUGAAGUCUGCUAUAUUGCAAACACACACAUAUACGGAUGCUACAGCUGCAAGGAAGGAGCAAGAGCCAAAGUAACUUGUUUCUCAUCGGGAAGCACCUUCGCUGAAUUGGAUUGUGGAACCGAAACUUUCACCAUUCCCUGUUCACCUAUGAAGGAAGAAUCCACGCUUCGCUUUCUGAUAUCAAAUGCUCAAGUACAACUAAAGUGCUCCGUCGCUUGUGGGAAAUCGCCAACGUACGAGAUCAAUGGCAUCCUUAAAUAUGUACAUUCACUUCACGAUGGACUCAAGCAAUUCGUCAAGGAGCGAAUCCUGAGUGCAGUACAAGGAAUGGCAAUGUGCAAUGAGACUUAUGGACUACUAAUCUUAGCAAAUGUUGAAACUGAAAAAUCAAAGGAGAAGUUCUACGACCAAAGGCCCGACGGUAUUCCACUAGAGCCAGCGUUUGUGAAUGAAUUCGUUGGGAAAGAAAUCGAUUUCUUAGACGAGCUUUUGCGUAACAUAGAUACCGAGUUGCACGAGGCCUCACAUCAGAUAGCCAAUGAGGAUCACGGAAGCAUCUAUGAGAACGUCCUACAAAUCAUGGCACAAUUUCAGAAAAGUAUGGAUCAAUUGGACAAAAGUCUAAAUUCCCAACUACAACAGCACGGAGAGACACUGGCACGAUUGGACUCCUCCAUGGAAGCCAUCCAGAAAGAGUUCGAAGGUUUCAGAUCAAUGACGAAGAGCGUUGACGAAGUCAAUCAAGAAGAGGCAAAUGAGGACACUCAAAGCAAACGUUCCGAUGAUGGCAUAUUGGAGGACCUUUGGGAAGUUGGCACCGAGGACGCCACUCCUCCUUCAGAGAAUGACAAAGGCAAAACACACGAAGAAUCUCGAAAGGAACAAGGCGAAGACGGACAGAAUAAGGAGUGUAACGACGAUGGACAAGAUUCAGAGACGGAAAGGAUUCGUAAUCGGCAAAGACGUCGAAGGAAAAUAACAGAGCGAAUGGAGAAAAUACUGAGGAAAAUCAGCGAUAGAAGACUUCCCCCGAAGCGCAUUUUCACCAUUAGGAAUCAAAUGAGGAAAGGAGAAAAAUUUCUGAAAUGCUCCUUCUGCAACGUGAAAGGACUUCAUUAUAGCGACAGUUGUCCUGAGUACAGAAGUGUUGAAGAUCGGACAGAAAGGAUAAGGUGCAAAUUGUGCCUUGACACGAAACAUCGAACGAAGAGAUGUAAAAAGGAUGUCCACUUGUGCAAGUACUGCCAGUCAGCAAGGCAUCAUACUGCACUGUUCUCUUCCGCAAGAAAGAUGUGA